AUGGCUGACAUUGCUAUCCAUCCGACUACUGCUGUGAUAGUCAACAAUGCAUCUACUCAUACAUCUUCGUUGCCCCCUCAGAUGGCGGAUAUGGCGGAUAUUGUGCUCCUAGAUAGCAGCGUCAAGGCACCCUUCGACUCUAUCCGCCAGCUCUUUGACCAUCUCCGAGCCAGCCCGGAAGCGGCAGAUGCUCUUAAUGCCUGCUAUCCGUCUCGUGGAGUCUUCAAGAGUGCUGCAUUGAAGAACAGCAUCUCGGAUCAGAAGCUUACCAUCGACAUUUCGCCAAACCGCCUAGCUUGCAUCCCUGCUGAGUUGCAGUCAUCUCUAUCCCCUCACGGCUUUGAUGAAGUCAUCGCCUUUUUCUCGGAGUUAACUUCGAAGCAUCUCGAUAAUAUGUUAUCGAUGCUAGGCGCAGCUGCUGGUGCCGACUUAUUCCCGCUCCACCGUAGCCGUAACCUCAACUUCCGGCUCUGUGAUUAUCCCCCUGUCACGGCAGCCCCGGAGAGCGAGAAUGGCUGUGGCGCUCAUCGCGAUUACGGUACCUUCAGCAUCAUCUUCCAGGAUGGUACAUCGGGACUUGAGAUCGAAGACCCGUCUCAGCCCGGAGCAUGGCUUCCCGUUCCGGCUGACAAGGUUGUCAUGCUCUGUGGCUGGUGCGCAUUUAUCAUCAGUGGCGGCGAGCUUCGAGCUGUCAGACACAGAGUCCGCCGCCAGCCUGGCGUCAGAAGACUCAGCGCUGUCUUGUUUGUGGCGCCGGAUCUAGAUGUGGCUUUGAAGCCAAUCGCUCAGGGCAAAGAUACCCUCCGGUUCUCAUCUGAGGUAUUGGAGGGUAAGAUCAACGUGGGUUGGUUCAAGGAGUUCAUGGGAAAGAGAUGGCGAUGGCGCGAGGGUAACGCUCAGCUUGAGGACGGUGAGGAUAUCACCCAGGAUGAAGAUAUUGAGCGAUUGAUUCUGGGUUAG